AUGUUUCUUCCUAAUGACACCCAGUUUCACCCCUUUUCCUUCUUGUUGCUGGGAAUCCCAGGGAUGGAAACACUUCACAUCUGGAUUGGCUUUCCCUUCUGUGCUGUGUACAUGAUUGCAUUCAUAGGGAAUCUCAUCAUUCUUUUUGUGAUCAAGACUGAAAGCAGCCUACACCAACCAAUGUUCUACUUCCUGGCCAUGUUGGCUAUCAUUGACUUGGGUCUCUCCACAGCUACCAUCCCAAAGAUGCUUGGUAUCUUCUGGUUCAACCUCAGAGAGAUCAUCUUUGAAGCCUGCCUCACCCAGAUGUUUUUCAUUCACAACUUCACACUUAUGGAGUCAUCAGUGCUCCUGGCAAUGGCUUAUGACCGCUAUGUGGCCAUCUGCAACCCACUCCGAUAUAGCACUAUCCUCACCAACAAGGUUGUUUCUGUAAUUGGUCUAGGUGUAUUAGUGAGGGCAAUUAUUUUUACAGUUCCAUUUGUAUUUCUCAUUUUGCGAUUGCCUUUCUGUGGGAAUAGUAUCAUCCCCCACACCUAUUGUGAACACAUGGGCCUUGCUCGUCUUGCUUGUGCCAGCAUUAAAAUCAAUAUUAUUUAUGGUUUAUGUGCGAUUGGUAAUCUAGUGUUUGACAUCAUAACCAUUGCCCUUUCUUAUGUUCAAAUACUUCAUGCUGUUUUCCGUCUUCCUUCCCAUGCAGCCCGACUCAAAUCCCUCAGCACAUGUGGUUCUCAUGUUUUUGUCAUUCUUGCCUUCUAUACACCAGCCCUCUUUUCCUUUAUGACACAUCGUUUUGGCCGAAAUGUCCCCCGCUAUAUCCACAUACUGCUGGCCAAUCUCUAUGUUGUGGUGCCACCAAUGCUCAACCCUGUCAUAUACGGAGUCAGAACCAAGCAAAUAUAUGACCGUGUUAAAAAACUAUUCCAGAAACAAGGAAAGGAAAAAGAAUGA